AUGAACAGGUUGUGUGAAAUGGAGGUUUUGGCUUGUUUGGACACGGGCAACUGCUCGUGCACGGACACUCACACAUUAAUGCCCUGUUCCAACCAUCUCUUAAGAGAUGGUUGGAAACAGGAAGCACUGGGCCGCAUGCACCCGACGCGAAAAGUGGAGGAGGAAGAAGACAGGGGUACGGGAUACCGCCGUGGCUAUCCGAUCAGCACUUGUUUGUGGUUACACCGUCAAGUAGACCGAGGCCAGGCACUCUUCCUUGUGCUCGGUGGGAUGGCCAGAGACGACAUUGUUUCCUGCCGCGGCCAUUCUUGCUCGCCGGACAUUCUCACUCACCGGAGGUACGACAGUCAGAAACACGUUGCAACCUUUGGCUUGAUCCCGCGGUUGUAG